AUGAGCAGUGUGCAUGUUGAAGACUGCAGCAGAAGUUGCCUGGGGGUGGUAGGAGGGUGUGUAGGGUCCUGCGCGGGCCUGGAAGAAACUACGAGUUGUGCAGAUUGGCCCUGGGCCUCAGCCUUCUUCCCCCUCCUCCUGCCCCCGCCACCAGACUGCGGGGUCCCCACCAUUGAGCCUGUGCUGAGUGGUCUGUCCAGGAUCGUCAAUGGGGAGGACGCUGUCCCGGGCUCCUGGCCCUGGCAGGUGUCCCUGCAGGACAGCACUGGCUUCCACUUCUGCGGGGGCUCCCUCAUCAGCGAGGACUGGGUGGUCACUGCCGCCCACUGCGGGGUCAGCACGUCUCACCUGGUCGUGGCUGGGGAGUUUAACCAGCACUCAGAUGAGGAGAACAUCCAGGUCCUGAGGAUUGCCAAGGUUUUCAAGAACCCCAGGUUCAACAUGCUGACCGUCCGCAACGACAUCACCCUGCUGAAGCUGGCCACGCCCGCCCGCUUUUCCCAGACCGUGUCCCCCGUGUGCCUGCCCGAGGCGACAGAUGAAUUCCCCCCUGGUUUGCUGUGUGUCACCACCGGCUGGGGAAGGACCAAGUACAAUGCCAACAAGACCCCCGACAGGCUGCAGCAGGCGGCCCUGCCCCUCCUGUCCAACGCCGAGUGCCAGAAGUUCUGGGGCAGCAAGAUCACCGAUGUGAUGAUUUGCGCCGGCGCCAGCGGGGUCUCCUCCUGCAAGGGCGACUCUGGUGGCCCCCUGGUCUGCCAGAAGGACGGAGCCUGGACCCUGGUGGGCAUCGUGUCCUGGGGCAGUGGGACCUGCUCUACCUCUGUUCCUGCUGUGUACGCCCGCGUCACCGAGCUCAUGCCCUGGGUUCAAGAAAUACUUGCUGCCAACUGAGCCCGUGGCUCCCGUUAUCCCAACCCUGACUGUUUCCAAUAAAAGCAUACAAAGGGAAG